AUGGCUUCAAAAGUGCUGCGUUUACUCACAGUCGAUCAAAAACAACAACGUGUUGAUGAUUCAGAGCAGUGUUUGGCCAUGUUUACACAUAAUAAAUCAGAUUUGCGUCGAUAUAUGACAAUGGAUGAAAUAUGGAUCCAUCACUUCACUCCGGAAUCAAAACGAUCAUUAUCUGAGUGGACCGCAGCCGGUGAACCACGUCCGAAGGCACAACAGUCAGCUGGGAAGGUUAUAGCUUCAGUAUUUUGUAAUGCACAAUUCAUUGACUAUCUCGAAAAGAGAAAAACGAUCAAUAACAACGACUACACAGCAUUACUGCAUCGUUUGGAAGCAAAAUUGCACCAUGUCACAAGUCAAUAA